GCUGCUGCAGGCAGGAACUGGUGCUCCCACUCUGCCGACGGGGCCAGGACCAUUAAAAAAAGGGCCCCGAAGUGGUUGCUGAGGCUCGUCUAGCGAGGGAGGAGGCUGGGGAGGCGGCUGGAGGCAGCUGCCUUCUCCUGCGGCCAACGAGGAGAGACGGGGGGGUCUGGUUUCCUCUUAAACGCAGCUCCCAGCCCCGGCAGCCCCCAAGGGGCAGGUUUGGGGAGGGACAGGGCGCAGCGGGUGCGUGCUGCGGCUUCGUACACGUCUCCUACACCUCCUUCUGCAGCCGCUCCGGCUGCGGGGCCGGGCUGCCUGGUCCGACCAUCCUCACGCUGCGUCCCGGCGGAGCCCGGCCCCUCGGCUGCCCUCUCCCACACAAGGCAGCCUCCGUCCUUGGAAAACUGCGGGAAAAGCCAUGGGAGAGCAAGAGAGGAGGUUCGGGCAAGGGGCGGCUUCUGCUUUCCGCAAAGCGGCUGGCCGGGGUGGCAUGGGACCAGUGGGUCCCGCGCGCACGGAGACCGCCGGGAUGAGCCGGAGCCGCUGGGAGCAGCGAUGCCGCUAGCAGGGAAGGAGCCUGUUAACCGGAGUUUGGCAUCCUCUAACCUGGUCCCUCCGGCUGCCCUGGCACCGGGAGGCUUCGUCCUGGAUGUGAAGCCGAGCGCGGGCGAGCCUGCGCCGUUCGGGUUAUUCCGGAGAGAGCCUGGCUCCUCCUCGGGGAGGAAGGGGCUGCUCCUCGGGCAGCUCGGGGCCGGCGGGCGGGAGCCCCUCGGGGCCCUUCCUCGCUCCGGGGCGGCCGCCCGGCUCCCGGGGCUGCUGGAGCCGCGUUGCCCCUGCCGGGGCCGAACGCCUUGGCUGGGAGCCCACAGCCACGCGGCCGCUCCUGCUGCACCGCGGUUGGUGGCACAGAGGGCUCGGCGGCGGCGCGGGAAGCGGCCGCCCAUGGCGGCGGUGCGGGGCGAGGGGCUGCCGGGGCCCCCGCUGCUGCCGGCCGUCGCCCCCCUGGCCCUGCUCGGCGGCCUGGUCUACCUGGGCGCCCUGUGCGCUGCCUGCAGACGCAGGGGCCGGAAGAAGACGGUGCCGGCGGACGGGGUGAAGCUGGCGGAGCAGGUGCCACCGAGGCCCGCGCCGCCCCGCUCGCUCAGCAGGUCCGACACGCGGCUGCACGAGCUCUGCCGGCUGAAGCCCGCCGACGAGGGAGCCCCGAGGCCGGUCAGCGUGGACUCGCCCUUGGCGCCGGGCGGCGGAGGGGCCUCGCCGUGGGGCUCCGGCGGCCUCCCGCGCCGCGAGCUGCCGCGCGUGCCAGCGCCCGAGCAGACCUACUCCAACCUGCCGCCCGCCCCGCCGCGCCGCCCCCGCGGCCCCCGCGAGCCCGAGGAGCCGGCGGCCCCGUCCCCGGCCGCCUCCGCCGACUACGCCUGCGUGCGCAAGGCCAGGAGGCCGGAACCGGGCGACGGCGCCCGGAGGGAGCCCGCAGGCCUGAGGCCGGGUGAUGGGCACGGCUCGCCCCCGCCCGCCCUCCCGCCGCAGGUGGAAGACAUGUACUCGACGGUCUGCAAAGGCGCCCGGAGGAAGCCGCAGGACGCGGCCGGGCCCCCGCGGGCCGUGGGGCAGCCGGGCCCCCGCUGGCCCCGCUGCCCGGAGCCGGCGGCCGCCCUCGAGCCCUGCUACGAGACCCUGGGCCGCGGCGGCUGGCCCAGCCCGGCCCGUGGCCCCGAGCCCCACUACGAGGCCGUGGGUGGUGGGUGGGGGCAGCCCCGCGGCCCUGAGCCCCUCUACGAGAGCGUGGGCGAUGCGUGGGACAGCCGGGGGCCCCGCAGCCCCCCCGGCGCGGCGCCCAACGGCCUGGAGGUGUACGUCACCAACCUCUAGCGCCCGCGCCCGCCCCUUCCCCCCGUGCAUUUUUUGCAUCCUUUUUCUUUAAUUAUUUUUUUAAGCCGCUUCGGGCCGCCCGGCGUCGGAGAGCUCGGCUGCAAGGGGAGGACGCUGCCGCUCCUCUCCCCCGCGGCCCCUCCGUCCCCGGCUCAGCGCCGCGGCUCGGCCUUCGGCUCUGCCCCCCCGGAGCGGGAAUUCGGCGUGGGAAAGCGGGGCAGGCGAAGGGCUGCCCGGCAUCGCCCGGAGCGCUGGGGGAUGUGCUGCGCGAUGCCCCUCGUCCGCGUCGCUGUGCGGGAGCUGAGCAGCGGAGGGGGACGCGGGGCCGGGGGGGUCCCAACGGGAGGGUUGGGGUCGCGGGGGCGGAGAGGCCUGGGGGCGGCCUGGCCCCUGCUUCCCGGUCCCGCUCCCGGAGCCGGGGUGCUGGCUCGGGCGGGAUCCGGGCGCUCCUCGUCACCGUUCCCACAAGGGGGAGCGAGCGGGAGCCCAGCGCCGCCGUGCAGAGCCGCACGCUGUGCAGGUCCGUCCCUGUAUGGACCGGCACGCUGCAUGGAGCUGCACGGAGCGGCACGCUCUGCGGGUCUGCAUACUGUAUGGAUCUGUCCCCAUAUGGCCCAGCACGCUGCAUGGAGCUGCACGCUGUGCAGAUCUGCAUACUGUAUGGAUCUGUCCCCGUAUGGCCCAGCACGCUGCACGGAGCUGCACGCUGUGCGGGUCUGCAUGCUGUGCAGAUCUGUCCCCAUAUGGACCGGCACACUGCACGGAGCUGCACGCUGUGCGGGUCUGCAUGCUGUACGGAUCUGUCCCCAUGCAGAGCUGCCCCUGUGCAGAGCCGCACGCUGCAGGGCUCUGUCCCCGUACGGACCGGCACGCUGCAUGGACGUGUCCCACACAGCGUAUGGACCGGUGCCCCGUGCGGCUCUGCGCGGCCCGUGGCUCCGCACCGUACGGCUCUGCACGCGGCGCGGCUCUGCAGCCCCCCGUACGCCUCCGCGCCCUGUAUGAGCCCACAGCCCCUAUGGCUCUGCAACCCGCACGGCUCUGCCCCCCGCUACGGCUCCAUACCUCUCCGCACCCCCUAUGGCCCCAUACCCCUAUGGCUCUGCACCCCUAUGGCCAGCAGCGGCCGGGCAGCCCAUGCCGGAGUCUGGCCCGCGAGGGUGGGCUGGGACCCCGCGUGCCAGGGCCCCACGGUGCCGGGACCCCACAGUGCCGGGACCCCACGGUGCCUGGACCCCACGGUGCCGGGACCCCACGGUGCUGGGACCCCGCGGUGCUGGGACCCCGCGUGCCAAGGCCACGGGCUGCCGGCCGGGAGGGCUGGCGGGGACAGGCUGCCCGGCAGCACCGUUGGUUGUCCGCGAGCCGGUGCUUUGCCGCGGGCAGGCAGAUCCCCGCUGCGCCCACCGCGGUUCCCCCGCCCGAGGAAGGCCUCCCCGCACCGUGCUCGGGGCACCCAGCCCCAGAUCGGGGUGCACGGUGGGGACGGCCACCUCGGCAAGGCUGCCGGCUCCAUAGUCAAACCCCCGGGGCCACGGGCUCGCAGCCAGCGAGGGCACCCGGGCUGCAGCGGGCAUCUCCCGGCGAGCGGCAGGAGCUGGGAGAGCCGCCCGCGAUGCAGGACCUGAGACAUGUUGCAGCAUGGGACCUGGGCCACCCGCGAUGCAGGACCUGAGACAUGUUGCAGCAUGGGACCUGGGCCACCCACGAUGCAGGACCCGAGACGUUGCAGCAUGGGACCUGGGCCAUGCUGCAGAGCAGAACCUGGGCCACCCAGCGAUGCAGGACCUGGGCCAUGCUGCAGUGUGGGACCUGGGCCACCCCACGAUGCAGGACCUGGGCCACCCAGCGAUGCAGGACCUGGGCCAUGCUGCAGUGUGGGACCUGGGCCACCCCACGAUGCAGGACCUGGGCCACCCAGUGAUGCAGGACCUGGGCCACCCCACGAUGCAGGACCUGGGCCACCCAGUGAUGCAGGACCUGGGCCACCCUACAAUGCAGGACCUGGGCCACCCCGCGAUGCAGGACCUGGGCCACCCAGUGAUGCAGGAGCCGGGCCACCACGCGAUGCAAGACCUGGGCCAUGCUUCAGCGUGGGACCUGGGCCACGCCGCGAUGCAGGACCUGGGCUGUGCUGCAGAGCAGGACCCGGGCCACCCCGCGAUGCAGGACCUGGGCCACCCAGCGAUGCAGGAGCCGAGACAUGCUGCAGCUUGGGACCUGGGCCACCCUGCGAUGUGGGAACCAGGCUGCGCUGCAAGGGAGGAGCUGGGCCACCCCAGACGUGGGACCGGGGCCACCCCGCAGCCCCACCGCGGCGCGUGAGGGGGCCCUGGGCCUCGUGCGGCGGGCUGGUGGCCCACAGAGCUCUUGUGCAACGCCGGGAAACGAUGUUCACGGGAGUUGCAUAAUAUUUAAAUUGAUUAAAGACGCCAGGUCAGCA